AAGUACCAAAUUAAACUCACAAAGUAGUACUUAACAAUUUAGCAACUUCAAUUGAAUCAGAAACCCUAAAAUUUUGUGACCAACGAAGAAGAAGAGGAAAAUUGCUCAAAAUGAAGAGAGUUUUUGGGAUUAAGAAAGAAACACAACCUGCCCCAUCUGUUCAAGAUGCUUCCGAUAGGAUCAAUAAAAGAGGUGAGUCAGUGGAAGAGAAAAUCAAUAAGCUUGAUGUUGAACUUACAAGGUACAAGGAACAGCUGAAGAAGACUCGACCUGGUCCAGCUCAGGAAGCUGUAAAGGCUCGAGCAAUGAGGGUUUUGAAGCAAAAGAGAAUGUAUGAGAAUCAGCGGGACAUGCUCUACAAUCAGACAUUCAACUUAGAUCAAGUCUCUUUUGCUUCUGAGGGAAUCAAAGAUGCUCAGCAAACAAUGGCAGCUAUGAAAUCAGCAAACAAAGAAUUAAAAGGAAUGAUGAAAACUGUGAACAUUCAGGAUGUAGAUAACCUACAAGAUGAAAUGACAGACCUGAUGGAUGUAAGCAAUGAAAUUCAAGAGACUCUUGGUAGAAGCUACGGUGUGCCUGAUGACGUUGAUGAAGAAGAGCUCAUGGGUGAGCUUGAUGCUCUGGAAGCGGACAUGGAGUUUGAAGGUGAAGGUGUCCCUUCAUACCUACAACCUGAUAAAGAACCAGAUCUGGAUUCAGAGCUUAACCUGCCAUCAGCACCAAUGGGGCAUGCACCAACGCCAGGUGGUCGAAAUAACACACAGGCUGAAGAUGGACUAGGAUUACCUGCUGUCCCUCGCGCAUCACUUCGUGGUUAGGAAAGUUUUGGGGUGUAAACAUUGUGUGCAGAGUUUUGGUUUCUUAAACCUUGUUUCUAAUUACUUCUUCCAGAGAAGGUUGAUUUGUAAUAAUGAUGAAUAGAUUUUUUUUAAUUAAUGAUUGUAUGCUCAUUAUAGAAUCCUAUAAUCCUGUAUCAAUGAGGAAAAGAAAUCAUAAUGCCAAAAGCUGCUAAAAAAAACUAUCUUUAUGGUUCA